GCAGAAAAAGACGGGCCUUCUGUCUACCAUACCUUUGCCCGGAAUGCACAAGGUCUGCUCAGGUCGCCAUGUCCAUUUGCGAUGGGGUCCCAUCAAAUCCAAGCAAGGCUGGUCUUUCGCCACGUCGCAGGAGACUGCGUACCCUCCUGAGUUCUGUAAGGCGGUCGCCCAGGACAUCGCUAUCGCCUUGCAGAAAAAGGGGUUCUCUCUAACUCAGGAGCCUGAGGCCACUCAGGCCUCGCACGCCGCCAUUGCAGCGCAGAAACAGCCUCGCAAAGGUCGUGGACCCGUCGGUCCCUCGGAGUAUGCCACAAAAGUGGCCGUCACCAUCCCGGCGGCCGUGGAUCCGCCGCAGGAGAUACCAACCAAGGCGCCGCAGGGCCUCCAGGGAGUCGAAGGGAUAAAGGCCAAGAGGACGGCAGCGCUUGACUAUUACUGUGCAAGAAAGGUCGCCCUUCAAAAGGACGAGCUGGCGCUCAAGGCCAAAAUGCACCCUGACGUUAGGGGGGUGAUGCAGCCAAAAAACCUUCUUCUUUUCAAAGAGAUGCUGAGAGAUGCUUGUGUGGGCGAUGACAAUCUGUUUCAUGAUUUUACAUCGGGUUUCCGCAUCACAGGCGAGCUGGAGCCAUCGGGGAAAUUUCCUCCCAAAUGCAAGGUGGCGGCCUUGUCAGUGGCUGAUCUUCGGAAGACGGCGAAAUGGGCGAAACACUUGGUUGCGUCAUCAUGCCGCAGAGCGGCCAAGGAUAAAGCCGUGGCUAAGGCUGUGUGGAAGGAAUCCCUCGACCAAGUCCAGAGGGGGUGGCUUCGCGGACCAUUCAGUUCUUCGGAGAUUGAUGCACGGCUUGGCCCCGAAUGGGUAGCAUCAAAGAGGUUCGGCAUAAUCCAAGGCGAGAAAAUCCGAGCAGUGGAUGACCUGUCCGAGUACAUGAUCAACUCUACUGUCUCCGAGUCGGAGAAGAUCGUUCUCGAUGGAGUCGAUGAAAUUUUGGCAGUGGCACGCUUUUUCGGAGGAGCGACCGCCGGAGGAGUGCCAGAAUUCAAGAUCCCAGCACCGGAUGGAAGCGUGUUUAGAGGACGGCUACACGAUGACUUCCGAAAGGGUAGGUCCAGGCUCCUACGUGGAAGGGCUUUGGAUCUUAAAAGUGCUUACAAGCAACUUGCUUGCCACCCGGAGGACAGGUGGGCGUCGGUGCUCGCGGUACUGGAUGUUGAUCGUGAUUGCGUCAUGUUUUUCGAAUCUUUGGCGCUGCCGUUCGGCGCGACAAGCUCAGUCACAG